AUGGGAAUGUUAUCGAGUUUUGUAGGAGUUCUGGUUCUUCUCAUUCUCAUUCAAGCUAAGGGCCAACCAGGAUUCAUCAGCAUAGAUUGCGGAGCUGAAGCAGGUGUGAACUAUACUGAUUCAGUAUAUGGCAUAAAUUACGUUUCGGAUGCAGAUUUCAUAAAUACCGGUGUGAGUCAGACAAUAGCAUCUGAAGAGCUCAAGAGACGAAGUAGUCAACGACAACUGUGGAGGCUGAGAAGCUUCCCGGAAGGAAAAAGGAACUGCUACAAAAUAAGCGUCACAGGAGGCUCUAAGUAUCUCAUACGCACUACUUUUCUGUACGGAAAUUAUGAUGGCCGAAAUAUGUUACCAGAGUUUGAUCUUCUUCUCGGACCUAACAGCUGGGAUACAGUCACUAUAUUCAAUGCAUCAAGGUUCCAGUCCUAUGAGAUCAUUCAUGUACCUUCACUGGAUUUCGUACAAAUCUGUCUAGUGAACACAGGCAAUGGCACACCAUUUAUAACAGCCAUAGAAUUCAGGACUCUGAAAAAUGAAGCAUAUGUCACUCAAUUCGGAUCACUGGAACUUUACAAAAACUGGCGUUGCGAUUUGGGUUCGGACAUGAUCUACAGGUACUCGUAUGAUGCUUAUGAUCGUUUCUGGGUUCUCUGUGACUUCAAGGAAGAUUGGACACGGAUAAAUGCUUCGAUUCCCGAUGAUUCUUUAAAUCAGACCGAAGAACCGCCAGCUAUUGUGAUGAGCACUGCAGUUACACCAGCAAAUGAUAGUGCUCCGUUGGUAAUAAGCUGGAAGCCAGAACAUGAAACUGACCAAUUCUAUGUGUACAUGCACUUCAAGGAACUUCAAGUGUUAACCACGAAUCAGACAAGAGAAUUCAACAUCAUGCUGAACGCUGCUGAAUCAUGGUUUUCAAAUUGUUCUCCACGGAACUAUAGAACUAUAUAUUCGACGUCAGCCCGUAGUGGGAAAGAACUUAAAUUUUCACUGGAGAGGACUGAAAAAUCAACCCUGCCUCCCAUCAUCAAUGCCAUUGAAAUUUACAGAGUAAUAGACUUACAGAAACCAGAAACAUUUCAAGAAGAUGUUGAUGCGAUUACUACCAUCAAGUCGGUUUAUGCGCUAAAAAAUGAUUGGCAAGGCGAUCCAUGCGCCCCUUUAGCCUAUUUGUGGGAUGGUCUCAAUUGUUCUUAUCACGCAAAUGAUUCUCUAAGAAUCACAACUUUGAAUUUAUCUUCCAGUGGAUUGUCUGGAAAGAUUGAUCCUUCAAUUUCAAAUCUCACCAUGCUGGAGAAAUUGGAUUUAUCAAACAAUAGCUUAAACGGUGAAAUUCCUGAUUUUCUGUCACAACUACAACACUUGAAGAUCUUAAACUUAGAGAAGAAUAACCUCUCCGGUUUAAUUCCCUCAGCACUUCAUAGAGAUUCCCUCACACUAAGUGUGGACCAAAAUCCAUAUCUAUGUGAACCUGAUCAAUGCAACCGGAAUAUACACAAGAAAAGCAUUGUUACACCCUUGGUAGCAUCUGUUGGCGGGGUUUUGAUUCUUCUGAUAGCAGUGGCAGCUAUAUUGUGGACUGCUAAAAGAAGAAAAGUGAAAGGUGAUUCAACAGCUCUGACGGUAGAAAAGGAUCAGAGUGAGAAAUCACCGCAAUACACUGAACAAGAUGAUUCAUCACUGCAAUCCCAAAAGCAGAUAUAUGCAUACUCUGACAUCGAUAAAAUCACCGACAAUUUCACUACAGUUGUUGGUAAAGGAGGAUUUGGAACAGUUUAUCUGGGCUAUAUCGAAGACACUCCAGUUGCAGUGAAAAUGCUUUCCCCAUCUUCUGUUCGUGGUUAUCAACAAUUUCAAACAGAGGUUAAACUUCUUAUGAGAGUUCAUCACAAAAAUUUGACCUCCCUUGUUGGUUACUGUAAUGAAGGAACAAAUAAGUGUCUCAUAUACGAGUACAUGGCUAAUGGAAACUUACAACAACAUCUCUCUGGUAAACGAAGCAAAAGAAAUUUCUUCAGCUGGGAAAAGAGACUUCGUAUAGCAGUGGAUGCAGCCUCAGGAUUGGAGUAUCUGCAAAAUGGUUGUAAGCCACCAAUAUUCAGAGACAUAAAAUCUACAAACAUCUUGUUGAAUGAACACCUCCAAGCAAAAUUAUCUGAUUUUGGUCUAUCCAAAAUUAUGAAUGUUUAUGUUCACAAACUUCUAGCAGAAAAUAAAUUGAGUUGCAUUCUGUCCUACAGAUACUACCUAACCAAUAGAUUAACAGAGAAGAGCGACGUUUACAGCUUUGGUGUUGUGCUUUUAGAGAUAAUCACAAGUCAACCAGUGAUAGCAAAGAAUCAAGAAAAAACCCACAUAAGUGAAUGGGUUAGGUCCUUGAUUGCAAAAGGUGAUAUCAAUGCCAUUGUUGAUUCAAGGUUGGAAGGAGACUUUGACAGUAACUCAGUUUGGAAAGCUGUAGAAAUAGCAACGGCAUGUGUAUCUCCAAAUCCCAACAGAAGGCCAAUCAUAAGUGUGGUGGUGAAUGAACUGAAGGAGUCUUUAGCAAUGGAAUUAGCUCGAACUGAAGAUAGAAACACUAAUACAAGUUAUUCAGUUAAACAGGUCAUCAGGAAUCUGAAUACAGAAUCUCUUCCCCAGGCCAGGUAAACGGUUGCCCAAUGUAAGAUGAUUAUAGU